CUGGGCGCUCUGGAUUCUGCGAGAGGGAAGUGGAUCGUUGAUGUAUCAGUGCGAGUGCUAAUCUGCAACAUUAGGGAUGCGCUCUUUGUCAAAAAGUCAGUCAGAUGUUAUUUGGCGUAAACAGACACGGCUGCGACGAUUUCAGCAACGUGAAUGCUCCGGCUUCUAAAUCGUUAUGUAAAGUGUACAAUUUUACGGAGGACAUCCACAAAAUGAAGGCUCAGGUGCGCCAUGGGGUUAUCGUCAUUAUAGUUAUUACCAUGGGUACCAGUCUUAUCGUUGUGUACAACAACAGCUUCACGGACACGUCAGGGACAGCGUAUCACACGGAUGCUGCUGCUACUGGGCCGCUAAUGGAUAAGCCCAGGAAAGCGCAGCCUAAACCAGGAAGAGCCCGGUCAUCCACCCUACAGGGCUACACUGGAGUCAUCGAUCAAAAGCCUCUGAGGAUGCACUGUAACUGCUGUGCCCUGGUGACCAGCUCUGGCCACCUUACUGGCAGCAACCGCGGGGACGAAAUCGAUAGCACUGAGUGCGUCAUCCGCAUGAACGACGCCCCGACUGGGGGUAGUUUCCAGCGGGACGUGGGCCAGCGUACCAGCCUGCGCGUCAUUGCCCACUCCAGCCUGCAGAGGGUACUGCGGAGCCGGCAGGAGCUGCUCAACGCCAGCCAGGACUCAGUCUUCCUCUUCUGGGGACCCAGCAGCUGUAUGCGACGCGACGGCAAAGGCCUGGUCUUCAACAACCUGCGUAUGGUCAACCAGCUGCUGCCCAAGCUCAAGGUCUACGUCAUCUCCCAGCUCAAGAUGCCACAGUUCGAUGAGCUCUUCAAGAAUGAGACAGGGAAAGACAGGAAGACCUCUAACUCAUGGCUGAGCACUGGCUGGUUCACCAUGGCCAUUGCCCUGGAACUCUGUGACACGAUCAAUGUCUAUGGCAUGGUGGCUCCUGACUUUUGCAGGGCUCCUUCCCAUCUCUCGGUGCCGUAUCAUUACUACGAGCCUUCGGGGCCUGACGAGUGCGCCAUGUAUCUCUCCCAUGAGCGGAACCAGCGCGGCAGCCACCAUCGCUUCAUCACGGAGAAGACAGUGUUCGCCAACUGGGCUCGGAUGUUCGACAUCCACUUCUACCAGCCAGACUGGACCCCGUCCUCUACUCUCAAUGGAAACAGCUCACUCACACCUGCUUCAGAUGGCUCUUGAUACCAGACAUAGACAGAAAGGUUCCCCAGGACCUUGGGAAGAAGUGACUGUGUGUUUGGACUCCAACAUGCUGAUUUUCCUCGUCCUCUCCUUGGCUCCCUUAUGGGAGUGUGUGGGGGAGUGGAAAAUUACAAGGGUCAUUCCACCAAUUCAGUGCCUUUUGAGAAGUGUAAUUUGGUCAAAUAUAUAUAUAUGUUUGAUUUAACCUAAUUUUGACAUUCUGACAUAAAGAGCACAUGUUCAACUUCAUAAAAAAAAAACGUUUUUCCCAUCUCAGCAGGUUAAAUUCAAAAAUGACUGUAGGAAGUGCUAAGUGCCAAAUAAAGUAACAGGGUUGAUUGUUUUCUUAAAUCAGCCAUAAAUCCCCUUGUGACAGGGGGAAUGGAAGCUCGCUGUGUGCAACAGAGGGUGGCAAUUGAAUGUAAGCUUCACAAAAAUAUUAUGAAAUUGUAAAAAAACAAAAUGCCUGUCUAUCUAUGGGUAACAGGGUUGACGUGUUAUGCUCGACCCGCUCAGAUUUCCACCACAAAACACCAGAACAUGGCAAAAAAGAGUGGAACCAGCUCACCUGCUUUUACACUAGGAUCUGACUAAGGACAGUUCUGUUCACGUAACGUGUUGACCUUCAAAUGAAGGACAGAUGUAAAUAAAUCAUUAAUCACAUUAAAUAAAUAA